AUGGCAAAUCUUGAAGAUAAAGGUAUAGCAAUGAGUGCUAUCCUUCCUCCUCCUCCAAUAUUUAAACCCACUAUAAUUCAGAUGCAGAGAUCUGGAUCGGUAGUGUCAAGAGGAAGCACAAAAUCAGAGUUACCCCAAAGAAUAGAUACUGGCCCAAUGAAAAGGUGCAAUAAUGUUCAAUCACCGACUAUAACCACUCUUAAUUCAAAUUAUCUAACCUCAAGCUUUGUUUCAAACGAAGACUACAACAAUAAGUUUAUUCGUCAAUCUCCGUCAAUAUCUCCGAUGACAUAUUAUACUGAUCCACCACAAACAAAUGGCUCUGGUAAAUUGCUAAAUGGAGCAACGUCCUCCCGUCCAAGAAAGAGAAGACGGUCAUCUCAAAUUUCAAGUAGAGAAGAACUUGAACAGAAAAGACGCGAGCUCAGAGCUCAGCAUUCUAUCAUUGAGAAAAAAAGAAGAAUCAAAAUGAACAGGGAAUUUGAGGCAUUAAAGUUUCUUGUUCCAGCAUGCCGUGCCAGUAUACUCAAUGGGCUAAAUGAAAAUAGUUUUGAAAACUCAAAUAUGAUGCAUAAAUUGACUAUUCUCCAGUCCACGGUGGAGUACAUAAAGUAUUUACACUUGGUGAUCCAGCUUUUGAAACUGCAGAUGCUGACACCGAAAUCAACAAGACAAUUGUUUAAGGAGUGGUUUAGACGGAAUAACAAUUUGAAAUUUGUGGAGUUCGACCUUGAUCUUCAAAAAUAUAGGAAUAUUGAGAAGAAAUUUGAUUUUGAGGAUAUGUUCAUGGAGGUCUGGAGAAACGAUGGCCAAGUUCCUCCCAACAGGAAAGAUCCGAUUGCAUUAGAGAUUGCCCAGCUCCUAAGCUCAGAGAGUAUAGAGUAUGAUCGGCCUAAAGUGGAAUCUGAAACCCCACGGCAUAAUCAUAGAGCGCAUCAAUCAAGCAUUUCAUCAGCUAGUGAUCAAAUCCACUCGGGCUCAAAACGCCUGGAGCAGACACCACCGGUUCAGAAUGCAAUAAGUCAUUCAAACACCGAAGGAGAACAGCCAACUACCCCUCUCCAUUCCUUGAAUAGGAAAAAGUCAAUGCUCAUAGACUUGCCACCCCCAUAUCCAAGUACAAUGUGUACAAACAGAGGAAGUGUAUACAAUAGCUUACCAUCAUAUAAAUUGGACCGAUUCGCGGAUCCAAACGCAUCCAAUAAAAUGGAUCAAGCUCAGCAAUGUUCAACCAGUGUUAGACCUAUGAGAGAACAAAAUACUGGUUCAAUUGAUUCUGAGGCAAAUAACUUUAGGCUACCACUUCCUGCAAUUGUCGAUCAACCAUCUUUUCUGUCGAGUACAUCCAGCUUUAAUAGCUCGUCUCAAUCAAGUCUUUCAAAUUCUCCUUUAUUUAUAGGUUUGCCAAGCAAGUUUACUUUUUCAAACGCACCAACUAAGCUCCGGCCAUCAAAUUGUCCAAUUAAGGUUCCUGUCACAAUGAGGAAAUCAAGUUCACUGCCUUCUCCGCCGCCACCUGAUAUUGAUACAGCGUCUAAGCUCUUAAUGUCAAUUAAAGAUGGACAGAAAAGGGCCAGUAUACCUGAGCUCUUAAACUAA